GGCGGGGUGUUCGCUGAGCCACACGAGGAAACGCCGCUGUCCGAGGCAGGAAGUACAAUACCCGUGUGUGUUUGUUUAUGUGAGCGGGUGAAGAAGUUGUUUGGUGGAAAACAGUCACACUCGGGAAUAAAACAGCGAGUUAAAGAGUUAAAGUGAGGCUUAAAGUGUGCGGAAUCUGUGGAACCAAGCUAAAAAACAUGGGCUGCCACGUGUACUACCACUAGCUACGUGGUAGUCGUUUAGGUGCUAGCAGGCUAGCUGACUGACUAGCUAACCUAUCUAUCCUAUUCAAUGUAGCUAACUAAGUUCGCUAAUGCUCAGACGUGCCUUAUCCAUGUUUCUUCAUGGUCAGCGGGCUGGACGUGUGAGCUUGUAGCUGUUCUUACCUCAGUGCCUCUCAUUACAUAUGAAUACGAGAAAUGGGGAGACGAAAUUGGCGAGGAAGGGGAAAACACCAGCUUCACCAUCAUUAUCGUCGAGCAGACUGGAGGAGAGAUCAUUCCACUGGCAGAAGUCACGAGGAUGGCUGGGACAGUACAACAGCGGGGCCUUCUCCCAGAGCAGCAGAGACCAGUUCAGACCAAGACACUGCUUCCUCAUCAAGAGCCCCUGCAGCUGCUCCAGAGUUGCCAGGGUUCUACUUUGACCCAGAGAAAAAUCGCUACUUCCGGCUUUUGCCUGGUCACAACGACUGCAAUCCAUUAACAAAGGAGAUGCUGGACAUGAAGGAGCAAGAGAAGAAGCGGUCCAGGCUGCUUGAGGAGGAUGAGCAGCCGAUUAAGAAAGCUCCUCGGACUGGGCUUAACACUGCAUUGCUGUUGCAGAGGCGGCAUCUGGGCCUGCUGUCUCCAAGCUCUUAUAGCAGGCUGGUCCAUGAGGUGAAGGUCAGUGAGAUGAAGCGUCACAAACUGGAGGUGCAGAGCUCUGACUCAAGCUGCCCGAAUACUGACAACUUUUGCCUUAUUGUGGCAGACUCGUCUUGUGAGCAGGUGUUCACAGUAAAUGAUGUGUCACAUGGAGGCUGCAAGUACGGCAUUAUGAACUUCCGUGGCUGCAGGAAGGGCUCUCUGUCUGUGGAGAUGUGUGAUAACCUUUACUUCACUAAUCGCAAGGUGAAUUCUGUGUGCUGGGCUUCUGUAACUCAUUCAGACUCUCACGUCCUAUUGUGUUUAGUGGGUAUAUCUCAGACUCCAGGCUGCGUCAGUUUAUUGCCUGCUUCUCUGUUCAGUAACUCCAAUCCUGACCAGCCUGGAAUGCUUUGCAGCUUUAAGAUCUCUACAGCCUGGUCUUGUGCCUGGUGCCUGAAUCCACAGGCAGAUAAAACCUUCAGUACCGGUCUUUCGCGGCAUGUCAUUGUGACUGAUGCGGUGACGGGCCGAAGACAGAUGUACGGCACUGGCAGUGACGUUCUGGCUCAGCAGUUUGCACUUAGAGCUCCUGUGCUCUUUAAUGGCUGUCGUUCGGGGGAAAUCUUCAGCAUUGACCUGAGGCAGCGCGGCAGAGGACGGGAUCACAGCUGGAAAACCUGCCGCUUCUAUCAGGACUCUGCCGUGACCUCCGUCCGUCUCCUGCAGGAUGAAAACUACCUCCUUGCUGCUGAUAUGCUGGGAAAGAUUAAGCUGUGGGACAUUCGUGUAAGACGGUCAGUAAAGCAGUAUGAAGGUCACCACAAUGAGUACGCCUAUCUGCCUCUUCACCUUAGUGAGCAAGAGGGGCUGCUGCUAGCAGUGGGCCAGGACUGCUACACCCGUCUGUGGAGUCUUAGAGAUGGGCAUCUUCUCAGGACCAUCCCCUCUCCACACCCUGCAGGGAAAGACUCCAUUCCCAACGUAGUUUUCUCCUCCCAACUCGGAGGCCGCAGAGGACUGCCCGGCCUUUUAAUGGCUGUCCGACACGAUCUCUAUUACUACCCGUAUAACAGUGACUACCAAGAUGGAGCAGUAACACCUGAAGGACAAGGCUAGCUGGUGCACACUCAGCACUUCUUCCAUGACUGGCAGGAAAAGCUGGUGUAUUGUCUGUCAUCAUAUAUAUUGAACAAAAAGAGACAAUUCAAUUAACUGUUAAUCAAAUGAUCUGUUGCGAUGCAAAAACCAGCUAUGACUUAUGAAAUAUAAUGUUCUUUACUUAAUUCGUCCCAGUUCUUGGGGCAUAGGCAAAGCGUCUUAAGAAACACCAUAGUUAUAAAAUGGGUUGAUAUAUUUUCUUCCAUUUAAAGUUCUGUAAGCGUGGGUGCUCCUUUUUUUUUUUUACCUCAAAGUGCAAUUUCAGGCUGAAGGACUAAAGGAGGACUGUGCUUCAGAUGUGUUAUUUUGCAGUGAACUUGCUUUGUAUACUCUUUGUAAGAUGAGAACAAAUUAGCACCCAUGAAAUAUAUAUGUAACAACAAUAAAAACAUACUACAGAACGAGAACCAGCAUUUACAUUUCAUGAUAAGUGGUUGAUUGUAGUAGGUGAUAGUGGAGAAUUUGGUCUUCCUCUAAAUCAGUGGUUUUCUAAUUGAUCCUCAGAAACUCCCUAAACGUCUUAUUUUAGUUUAUUCAUUAAAUUUUAUUUGCUCCAACCCCACAAAAUCAUGCACUACUUUAGGCUCCAUAAGAACUGGUGUGAUAAGAAUGGCUUGAAAUAAAAUCUGUAGAAAAGUU